AUGUCCGAAAAGGAAGCAAGGAGCCUACGACCACGCACCAAGGGCCCGCCUGCGCCCGCAGCCAACAUGGACACCCCUACCCCCUCGUCCGGUAAGACUACGUCCGGCGAGACAAAUACGUGGAGCAAGGGCACCAGUGGCAACCCGAAUGCUACCGGUGGAAACGAGUCGGUACACUCGGAAGCGUUAGAUGCCACGGUAGUAAAUCGUAGUAGGUCAGGUACGCUAGUGAAUAAAGACGCCGAUGCGCCGCCGUCGCCGUCGCGGGCGCCGUCUAAUCGCGAUUCGCAUAGGAGUCGCAAAUCGGUUAGGGAACGCGAUAAUAAAUUGGCCGUGCUAAUGGCCGAGCUCGAGGUUCGUAAAGCCCGUCUAGCCGUUGCUAAGACAGAGUCCGACACUGCAAAUGUACGGCUGCAGAUUGCGCAAUUGAAGGCGCAGUCUGUCGGCAGCAGUGACGCGACCGUCGAAGCUACUAAGACAAACAGUGACGUGACCGUCGAAGAACGUACCAGAAGUUGGGUAGAACGACAAGCGAGGUUACAGCACGAGAUCGCACAGGAAAACGUUAAAAUCCCGCCGCCGAAACAGACCGCGCCACCGCCGCCGCGGGCAGCCGUCGAACGGACUAGCAAACCAACCCCGCGCACUUUAGAGGUACCGCACGGUACCUACGCGCCAAUGUACCAUAAACCGCCGGAAUUACCUGCAUUCGGCGGAGAUAUCACCGAAUGGAUAUCAUUUAGGGCAGAGUUCGAAGAUACGUCGCCCAUGUUUAGUGCCGUCAAUAACGUCAGUCGGAUUAGGCGCGCACUUAAGGGCGAAGCUCGGACGGCCGUAAAAUCAAUAAUGUACACGGUUCAGGAUCCGUACGAGAUAAUGGAAGCGCUGGAGCGGCAGUUCGGCGACCCUGAGGAGAUUGUUCUUACGGAAAUUUAUAACGUUAAACGCAUGCCGCGUUUAUCCGAAGACAAUUCGAAUAUAACCUCAUUCGCCGCGCAUGUAGCGAAUGCCGUCGCCACCAUUAAAUCCUUGCGUCAAGAGAAAUACUUGCACGCGCCUGAGCUCGUGAAUAAAAUCGUGGAUAAGUUGAAUCUGAUAGUGCGCUAUGAAUGGGCCAAAUAUAGGCAGUCUAACGUAGAAUCACCCGGGUUAGUUGCGAUAUCCGAGUUUCUUAACGAAAUUAGCACUGCGGCCAAGCGCAUAAACCGACAUAAGCCGUCCAACAGAUCACGGAAUGCAGUGAACGCGGUUUCCUCUGCGCGCGAACCGAGAAGAUCGAGCCAAGCUCUCUCUGGGUCUCGCGCCCCCGCGUUCUACCGUGACACGUCUGACGAAUCGCGGAGUUCAGGGAGUGCGGUUUCCUCUGUGCGCGAACCUAGAAGAUCGAGCAAAGCUCUCUCUGGGUCUUGCGCCCCCGCAUUCUACCGUGAUACGUCUAGUGGAUCGCGAAGUGAACGAAGCGCGGUUUCCUCUGUGCGCGGGCCCAGUCGAUCGAGCAGCGCUCUCACUGGGUCUCGCGCCCCCGCGUCCUUUCGCGACUAUAGUUCGGAUUCGGAGUCAGAUUCCCGCGAAUCAUACACACGUGAUACGAGAAAUAGAUCGCGUUCUAAUAAAUCGACCGUAGCUCAAGUAAAGCACCGCGAUAGUAAUUUAAAGAAAAAGCCAGCGUCAACCACAGCUCAGCCCAGGCAGCAGACAUCGUCUGUCUCUGUCUCGCGCGAUGCGUGCGCCAUAUGUAAGAACGGCAAAGAACACAAAGUUAGUGAGUGUUCGAAAUUUCUAGCCGCGACUAUAUCUGAGCGAUGGGACUUGGCAAAGGGUGCUAAAUUGUGCUGUAGAUGUUUAGGCGCGACUCACCCUAAGCCUUAUGGGUGCCAAUAUGUCGCGUGUGGCAUGAAUCAGUGCGAAGCCGGACAUAAUAAACUAUUACACGGUCGAAACGCGGCCGCGUCCGCGAGCGGUAAUAGAGUCCCGGCAGCACCUGCAGUACUCAAUGUUAGACUGCCGCAGACGUGUCACAAAGUCAUGCCUGUAGAGGUGUCGGAACCGUUAGGUACCGUCCAAACCCUCGCGCCACUUGACGAAGGCGCGACAAUGACUUUGACGCUACACGGAACUGCGGACAGAAUCGCGCCCGCGGUACAAUUGGUUGGGCACGCAAAGCCUAAUACCGCGGACGACGAGGCCUUACAACUUGUGAAACGGCAUUCUGAGGUAGAAUCAUUAGGCGUUUCGCAAAAGUUGCCUCGGGUCGACCCCGACCAACGUGCGCUAGAUUUACUAGAAGCCACCUGCGAAAAGAUACCGGGGGAGCAAAGGUAUCGCUCGGGCUUACUUUGGCGGUCAAAUGACGAGAAACUCCCCAAUAACCAAGCGCAAGCAUUGCAACGGCCGUACAGUCUAGAACGAAAGCUAGACCACGAUGCGAAACUUAAAGCCGAAUAUGCAAAGUGUAUGUUGCUUGACAAAGGUUACGCGGAGAAAAUAGACUCGCCACCGCCCCCCGAGGCACCCCGGACGUGGCCUCUGGCGCAUUUCCCAACUUUUCACCCGCAACGCGGCAAAAUGCGAUUAGUUUGGGACACGGCCGCCACAGCUUGCGAACGUUCGCUUAACAGCGCGCUGUUGGCUGGCCCCGACCUGUUAAAGUCACUUUUUGGCGUAUUAAUGCGCUUCCGCGAAAGUAAAAUCGCGGUGUUAGCCGACGUCAAACAGAUGUUUUUACAGAUCGAAAUAAUAGAGCAAGAUCGCGAUAUGUUACGUUUCGUUUGGCGGACAGGGAUCGAUUGGGACAGGCCUAUAUCCGUCUCACUCGCACCCGCGUGGCGAUCGUUCAUUGAUAAUGUACGGUUAGUUCGCGCCACCGCUGGUAGUCUGGUUGCCGCCGAGGUUUUCAAAGCCGUAUUGCUCGCUAAGAAAACGUAA